UGUUCUCUGCGACUGCCGUCCUUCCUGGCGUUUUGGUUUGCUUGCUGUGGCGCUGCUGCUCGUGGUUUGGGGGCUGUGUUUGUGUUUGCUCGAUCGAUAUUGACUGACCAUCCUGAUGACGAUGAUGCUGAUGACGAGCACGCGUCGUCGGGGGGCGUUGGCCAUGGUGGUGGUGGUGGUGGUGGUGGUGGCAGUGGCAAUUGGACGCGUGACUGCACAAGAUGCAGCCUUCACCAACACGUUUGCUCUCUGUGGCAGCGUGAACUCGGAGUUCUGCCAGUGCAUUGAUGCUACGCUGGAGCGUGUCUCGACACCACAGCACCCAGAUGACCUGCCUUCCCUCGAUGACCUGGAAGAAAAAGAGUACGUGCUUCGUCCAGAAGGCACCACGUGCUCGGACGGAUCCCCAUGGGCAUUCCUUGCCACCAAGAUGGACACGUCCAAACUCAUCCUCGACUUCAGCGGCGGAGGCGCGUGCUGGAGCGCAGAAACAUGCUUUGAGCCUGCGCUGUGCGAUCCACCGCUUUCAGACAGCUGCCGCUCAAGCUACUUCCGCACGUUGAAUCCUGAUCCCGCGACGAUGGCGGCGAUUGAGUGCGGGUUCAACCUGGCGCAGGUGUACCCGGACGAGUUUGGCGGCUUCCUCGACCGCUCAAACAAGGAAAACCCGUUUAGGAAGUGGAGCCACGUGUUUGUGCCGUACUGCACUGGUGACGUGCAUCUGGGCAACGCCACGCACGAGUACACCAACUGCACCUCCUCAAACUGCACCAUCCACCACAAGGGGAGCGCCAAUGCUCGCACGGCGGUCGACUGGAUCAUCCGCGAGUUUGUCGACACCGGCAUCCUCAAGGACCUGGUGUGCUUUGGAGACAGCGCCGGUGCGUAUGGCGCGAUUGCGCACUGCAGCGUCCUGGCAGCGGCCAUUGAGGACCGUGGCCUCGAUGUUAACAUCGCACUCGUCGCCGACUCCGGCGUUGGCCUCGCCGCCGUCAGCCCCACGUGGGCCAUCGAACGCGGCAUCCUGCAGCACGUAUUUCAGUACGGCGUGUUUGGCGAGGACACGGGCUUCCACGACAGCGAGAUUGCGUACUCGCCCACAAUGACGAACCUGCAACGCGGUGCAACCGUUGCGCGGGAGUCGAUGAUUGCGUUUGCUUCGCGCUUUCCGGACGCCCGCGCCACCCACAUCACCUGCAACAACGACGAAACACAGCGGCUCUUCAUGCAAUACACAUACCAGGACUACGGGUGCCACUGCUGCCUACAGGGUGCGUGUGCCGUCAGUGCUGAUGUGUGCAUCGAUGAAGUGCAGGACUCGUUCACGGGCCAGUGUCACGCAGACUGCUCCACAGGCUGCUACUCAACGCUCUGGGCACAGGAGCUGACGCCGCUGUUGACCAACCUGACGCACCUCCCAAACUUUGUUCCCUUUGUUGUUGACUGCAACGUGCACACCUUUGUUCGCUCCUCCCGCUUCUUCGAAUACGUCGGCGUCACCGACCUCAACGACACGGAGAACGUGCUGUUGCUGUCUGACUUUGUUGCGGCCAUGACUGACCGGAGCUGCAACGACCCGCAGUAUUGUUCGUCUGCAUUUCUGCACGCCCCAAUUGCAUCUGCGAUGACGCUCGCUCUAGGCGCCGUCGCCCUCUUUGCUGCCGCGGUUCUGUAGCUCCUGAGCGCGAUGGUGCAAGCUGUAUGCAAGGGAGAGGAAGACGCAGGGCGGGAUGCCGUGCUCGCCUGUUUCAGAGAGCUGGAGACAUGAUACAGAUGGCGUUAUGCGAUGUGCUGUGAUGUGAUUUGGUUGUUGGUCAUCACUCCUUUCAUUUCCUGAUUGCUUCUCGCGUGUUUUCUUUCUAUCACUUUGGAAAGGCUUUAUUUGUUUUGGCAUGUUCGCUUCCCAUGCAUGACAUGGGUUGGCAGUGAUUGCGUGUCUGCCUUCAUUUGCGUUAUUCCCUGUCGUCCUUGUGCGCUUUAUUUGUGUGUGCACUGCUGACCUUGCCUGCUUGCUUGCUUGCUUGCUUCUUGCUUCUUGUUGCCAUGUCUUCCUUGACGCUUGCUUGCUUCAACAAAGAAAAAGUGCUGAGUCAGCA